AUGGUAGCUCCAAAAUGGUUUUUCAUUUCUUUUAUGAUUUUGCUAAGCUUAACAAUAUGCUCUGGCCAGCCUGUUACCUCUGAUGCAACUAAGGCUAAGGAAGCUGAUCAUGACAACCUCAAAGCUCACAUUCUGAGUAAUAUCGACGCCAAUGGCUUUGGAGGAGGCGGUGGAUUUGGCAUUGGUGGUGGUUGGGCCGGUGGUGGUGGUGGUGGUGGUUCUGACGCUCCUAACUAUGGCUAUAACCCUGGCUGCAGUAUCCGUGGUUGCACUGUCCCUGGCUUUGGUUUCCUACCUAAUCCUGGUUUUGGUGUUCCAGUCUAUUCCCCUGGUUGUGGCUAUGUGUGUCCAGCCGAUAUUUCUACUGGAGGAAUGACUGAAUCCAAAAUCACAGGAAUAUCACAAUCGGCUAGACCAUACCGAUGCAGACCAGGGCCAAAUAUGUGUGACAGUAAAGAUUGUAAUGAGCUUCUCCUACACUUUGUUUUCCCCAUGCAAGACAAACAUGACAAUAAACAAAAACAUCUAAGAUAUGGAGGACGUCGAGGUAUAGGUCUCAGUGUGGGUGAAGCUAGCAGUUUUGGAAUUGGUUUUGGUGCUUGGGGUGGUGGUGGCGGCAGCGGAGGAGGGGGUGAUUCUGAUGCCCCUGGUUUUGGUAUCCCCGGAUUUAACCCCGGCUUUGGCUGUCCCUCGGGCUGUGGUUAUGCAUGUCCUGCCAACAAUCCUAGUGGAGGAAUAACUGAAUUCCAUAUCUCAGGAUUAUCACGAUACGAUGGACCUUACAGAUGUAGGCCAGAUAUGUGUGAGAGUGAAGAUUGUGAUGAACUUCUACUACACUUUGUUUCUCCAAAGCAACACAAACACGAGAACCGACAUGAUCAUAGAGUAGAAAGAAGUGAAGAGGAGGAAGCUCAUCAUCAGUCAAAGCAGCAUAAAGACGACGACAUCAUAAACUAG